AUGCUCUUCUCUGGUAUCCUGACCGUGGCGAAAGCUGUUGGUAAUCAGGUUAUGUUAAAGAGAUAUCCCCUAUCCCAUCCUUUUCCAUUUCUGGACACCCCGGCUCCUCCCUUUCCUAUCACCCCAACUCGCAUCCAGGGUCCCCCUCCACUAACCCCACGGCAACCCAACCCCCCAAGGACCCCGUCAUCGCAUCACCCCUCCUCUCCUUCCCUCCUGGCUGGCUUUCCCUUCAACAGUCCCUCCCCUCCUGGAGCCCCGGAUGGAGGGAGGGAGCCUGGCCAAGAACCCCUGGACGGCCCCCCCGAACCCACGUGGAUCUCUUUCCCUUCCCGGAGCCGCUACUUUGAAUGCAAAAUACGCCUCUGGUCAAGGGGGGGUGGCUUUACAAAACACCACCAAAUUGGAGCAUACUUGAUAGCCGAGGACCCUGCCCGCUCCUCUGCUCUUCUUCCUCUUCCUCCUACUCCUACUCCUCCACCUCCUCCUCCACCGCCUCCGCCUCCUGCUGAUGCUUCUGCUGGCGCUGGUCAUCUUCCUUCCAUCGCUGUCGUCGCUACCAUCUGCUUUUCUCCUUCGUAUAAUAUCCUCCGGGAAGGAUUUCGGUUCUUGACCGGGUGUAUCCUCAUCCCCGAAAUCAUGAGUGGUGGACCCUCAUCUCCCUCUAUCAUGAGUGGUGGACCCUCAUCUCCCUCUAUCAUGAGUGGUGGACCCUCAUCUCCCUCUAUCAUGAGUGGUGGACCCUUAUCUUCCCCUAUCAUGAGUGGUGGACCCUCAUCUCCUUCUACCAUUAGUGGUGGACCCUCAUCUCCCUCUAUCAUGAGUCGUGGACCCUCAUUUCCUUCUAACAUUAGUGGUGGACCCUCAUCUCCCUCUAUCAUGAGUGGUUGA